AUGCCACUAUCUAAUAAAGAGAUCUCCACCUUGAUUGUCGACUACUUAGUGAAAGUCACUGAAAAAAAUGAUGUUUCUGAAGACGUUAAAGACUCCUUAAACGUUGCUAUUGAUUGUAUUACAGAUUCAUUCGAAUUUGAAAGAGAUUCCACUUCUGGUUUGAUCAAGUCAAAAUUCUAUAACUUAAGUUUACCGGAACUGUUAGAAGUCGCCAUGGAAAACUCUGCUAAGGAAAAUGUCACAGUUAAUGUACCAAAGGAUGAAUUGGAAAAUGAUGAAGAAACUAAAGUUAAAGCUGAAAAAUUGAAAUUAGAAGGUAACAAGGCCAUGGCAAUGAAAGACUUCGACUUAGCCAUUGCUAAAUACUCUGAAGCCAUUUCCAUCUCACCAAAUAAUGCCAUCUAUUAUGCAAACAGAGCUGCAGCCUACUCUUCUCUAAAGGAUUUCGAAAAAGCCACUGAAGACGCUGAAUCUGCUAUUAGAGUCGAUCCAAACUAUUCUAAGGGUUACUCUAGACUGGGUUUUGCUAAAUACGCUCUAAACAAACCAGAAGAGGCCUUAGAGGCUUACAAGAAGGUUCUUGAUUUGGAAGGUGACAAGGCCACUGAAAUUAUGAAGAGAGAUUAUGAAACCGCAAAGAAAAGAGUUGAACAAUCAUUAAACUUGGAAAAGAAAGAAUCUACUCCAAAGGAAGAAUCAGUUACUGAAAGUGCUGCUAACGCCGCUGCUGGUGGCUUCCCAGACAUGUCUUCCAUGUUAGGUGGUGGUUUGAACGGUUUAUUAAACAACCCUCAAUUAAUGCAAGCUGCCCAACAAAUGAUGUCUGAUCCAAAUGCUAUGUCUAAGAUCCAGUCUAUGAUGCAAAAUCCAUCCAUUAGACAAAUGGCCGAAAACUUCCAAAACGGUAAUACUCCAGAUUUCAGUCAAUUAAUGAAUGACCCAAAUAUCAAAGAUAUGGCAAAGAACUUCUUCGGUGGUAACAAUCAACAACAAUAA